UCUAGUUUUAGCUAAAAUGAGGCUUACUGGUUCUCGGGCGUAUACCAGCCCCACUGCAGUUCCAAAGAUGCCUGUGGGACUAGUGGAGUUGAUGGAAGGUUUAACGAAGGAUGUAUUGAAACAAAACCCUCCAGAUAUUUAUGAAUAUUGUGCUAAUCAUAUGCAGACAUUAUUGACUAUAAGAGAUGGUCCAAUUUCGAAACCAACAUUGGAACAAAAAAUAAUGCGAGCCCAACAAAAAGUAAGAAGAAGGGCUGAGGAACGUUGGGAAAAAUACAUUAAAGAAAUGCCUCGAUUGACUGCAGAUGGUGAUCUCCAAUCACAUAGCGAAGAACUUGUAAUAAAAAAAGUACAAAAUUUAAAGCCGCCCGUACACCCUGAGCUUAAUAUAAGAAAUGUUUCUGAAGUAGAAAUCUUUCACGAGAUUAAUAAUUUUGAGAAAGACAGCUACGAUCAAUCGAAAACAGUCGCAAAUCCAAAUUAUACAGUUAAAGAACAUGAUGAUAUUGACGCUGGUAAAGUUUUUUCUGGGGAAAAUUUUGACAACUUAGAACAAUCGGGGACAAUUAAUAAUUCAGAAAAUGAAAUAAAACAAAAUAAUAUUGAUGAUGUCAAUAAUGAUGUACGAAAUAAAGGAAAUGUUGAUUCUUUUGUUAAUGUAGGCAAUAUUCUACCAAAUAACCUUGAUCGAACUAAGACAAUUAUUAAUUCGGAUACUGGAAGUAAACAAGACAAUAUCGAUAAUGUCGUACUCAAUAAACUAAAAGUUGAGUGUACAGAGUUCAUUCUGAAUGAACAAAAUAAUCACCUAGAAAUAAACAAAAAAGAAGUAAUAUUAAAAGGCGAUGUAUAUGCUCCCAAUGGUUCAAAUAUUCUCACUACUAUGGGUGACACAAACGAUAGUGCAGAGCAAAACAAAGAAAAUACUAAUCAAGUUUUAGAUCAUAAAGUCGCUGAUGGAAAUUCAUUAUGCGAACUGGAUCUUAUAGAUCAAGAUAAUAAAGAAACAGCAGAGCAUAAUAAUGUUAAUUCAGAUAAAGCCUUGUCAUUUAAUACUAACGAAGAUGCCCUAGAGACUAUUGCUAUCUCUAGAUAUGAACAAAUUGCAAUUAUUAAUCAAAACAAUGAUUUUUUUUCUACGGAAACUGAAAAUACUGGUGUAAUGAAUUGUUAUCCUCCCGAAGAAAUAGAUGAUAAAGAUAAAUCAGACAAAAAUAGUAGUUUAACAUUAAAUACAGAACAAUAUAAUUUUGAUGAUGAUAUCAAGAAAAUCGGCCAUAAAACUGUGAUAACUGAAAAAGAAAUCGAAGAUGUUAAAGAAGAACAGAAAAAUAUUACAAAAAUAAACGUCAUAGAUCUCAGUGACAACAGUAUAAUUGAUCCAAUUUUAUCAGAGGAUAUCAAUAAAGUGUCUAUUGAUACUAUAAUUACAGAAGUCAAAGAAAAAUUAAAUGAUAUUCAAGCGACAAAUCAGUUCCUUGAAUCCAAUAAUAAAUCAUUUGAUAAUUUAUCACAAGAAUUUAUAAAAGAAAACAUUACAGAAAGUGAAAAUAUAAAACUAGGUGAUAUUGGUCGCGAGGUAAAGGAAAUGGAAAUAUUAAGUGAAAAUAAAUAUGAUAUAGCUAACGAUAACAAGUUAAAAGAAGAAACUGAAAUUGAUUAUGAUACAAAGGAUAAUACUAAAUUGGAAAACAAUUUGGAGAAAGAUAAUAAUAAUAUAGAGGAAAAAUAUGAACAAAGUACAAACUAUGUGAUUAAUGAGAAUAUUCUUAAAGAACAAAUUGAUAACAUUUAUGAGACCAGUAACAACGUAAUAAAAAGUGAUAUAAAUAAUCGAAGAGAAAAACCUGAUAUACAUAUUAUUACUGACUCCAAACCACUGGUUGAGAAUGAUAUUAAUAAUGAUGAGAAAUUUACCUCGGUCGCCAAAAACAAGGACAUUAGUAUAACCACCACACAAAUACCAAUUGAAUAUCUUUCAUUAAAAGAAGAAAACAAACAAGAUGACAUUCCAACUAGCAGAAAUGCCGAUUCACUUCAAAAGGAAUUUAAUAUUUUAAUCGUAAAUGCCGAUAAUAAAAAUGAAAUUAAAUCCAUAACUUCAGGUGACAGUACAGACAAAAAUAACAGUAAUAUUGAUUUAAAACCUGCGGUUUCCCAAAAUGGUGACAACUUAAAUGAAAACAUUGCAAAUCCUUCUGGCAUGGACUUAGAAACGGCGGCUAUUACCAUCCAGAAAGUGUUUAGAUCUUUUCUUUUUAAAAGUAGAACAUCAACCUUGGAUGACACCAACGAUGAGAAUAAUUCUUUGGAAGAAGACGAUAAUAAAACGGAACAAUUAGAUUAUCAGGUAAUAAAUGGCAAUAAAGAAAGAAGAGGGAUUACAAGAAUGGAUACUGUAUUACAGACAGUUAACGAAGAAAAAUCGUUAUCAUUGUCUACUGACGAUUCUUCUUUAUCUAGUGCUGCCACCACUAUCCAAGCACAUGUCAGAGGUUUUUUAGUCAGAAAUAGAUUACAUUCAAACAAAACAUCUACUAACUCGUUAGCUAACUCGGACGGCACAUCCACUAUCUCAUUGGAUGGUGAUGUUGAAAAUAAUAAAAAUAAAACCAUUCUUAAUAUUCAUAUUGUGCCCGAAGGAGGUAAUUUCCUCAGUAGAGACGAAACAAUCCUCACAUCUAUGGAUAUAUCGCUAGAUAGUAGCCCGCCUUCUUCUUUAAAUUUACAUCCUUUGGGUUAUGAUAGAAAUGAAAGAAAACAGCUAAAAAGAGAAGAUGCUAUACAAUCAAUUUCGCCUCCUAGUAACAAUAGUGGCAAAUUAAGUGAAGAUGUUGAUUCUGUGAAAGAAAUGAUAAUUAAUGUCGGUGAACUAUCGUUAACUCAGAAUAACUUGCAGAAAAACAUGACACACUCUGAGGAAAAUAAAAUUCAAUCUCAAGCCUCUGAUAUUUCACCGAUUGAUAGUACAAUUAUUGAAACUUUAGUGGGUACCCAAAAUCCCCGUAAUAUAGAUAACGCGGAUAGUCCGCAAUUAAAAUCGCAAAUCACUGUUGAGAAACCUAGAGGAAUCCUAACAAAAAUGAGUUCUGACGAAAUGGAUGUAGUUACUCCAUUUCAAGAAAAUCCUGAAGGUAAUCCUUUUGCGGAUUCUAGUGCCUCCCCGAAAUUGAUUAAAAAUUCUGAGGACAGUCCGUUAACGGAUACUAACGCUGCUUCAAAAUUAAUGCAUUCUAGUGAAUUUCAUGAUAUAGUCCUACCUACCAAGGUGUCGAGGAGUGACACAUCAGUCGUCAGUGAAUUCAAGAGCGUGUUGGUUUACUUCUUACUGUGGAAUAACAACUAAAAGAGAAAUCGGCAGCACAUUUUAUUUGUAGUGGGUAUAUAUAUAUAAAAGAAAAACAAUAUUUUGAACACAUAUUAAUUUCGGGAAACCAAUAACUAUUGG